CUAGCUUGCUAACAGGUAAAUAAAACUGGUUAGUAAUGGCGGAGAACAGCGGUAAUAUUAACGUCAAUCCAGCCAACCUUCCUCCCGGAGAUCCGCAGCUCAUCGCUAUGAUUGUGGAGCAUCUGAAGAACCGAGGGCUUUUUGACGAAUUUCGCCGGGACUGUUUAGCCGAUGUCGACACGAAGCCCGCCUACCAGAACCUGCGGCAAAAAGUUGACAACUUUGUGUCGUCGCACCUGAGCACGCAGGAAUGGAACCCGUCCAUCAAUAAGAACCAGAUGAGAAACGGACUCAGACAAAGUGUUGUUCAAUCAGGUAUGCUGGAGUCUGGCGUGGACAGAAUAAUAACUCAGGUCGUGGAUCCCAAGAUGAACCACACAUUCAGGCCUCAAAUAGAGACCGCCGUUCAUGAAUUCCUCUCCUUAGACGGGAAAGAAGAGAGCAGCUCAAGUCUGAAUCCUGCACCAUGUGAGCCAACGGAAACUCAGGAGCCCCCUGGUGUCUCUGGCCCCAAAACCCCCUGAGAGGCUCUCUACAAACUGAUUUAAAUUGAAAGGACAGCAUCGGUUUUGAAAUGGAGUUAAGAAAUCUCCCUUUCUUGCUGAAGAUGCACAUACUGGACAUUGCUGGAUGGUGAAUCUGUAAAACUGCGUUGAAAGUUGCAGCAUGGAGCCAUUAAAGGAUGAGGAGUUUAAUAAAAAGGUUUCAUGCCUGCACACAGCUGCAGCUAAAAAGGCUGUAGGAUGCAAGUGCUUCUACUCUGCCUUUUGGAUUUUCUGUGUUUUGUUUUCUUUUUCUAGUACAAUCUUUAUGUGAAAUUGCACAAAUCUUUGACUGUGUGUAUAUAUAUAUAUGUAUAUGUACAUAUAUAUAUAGCUUUUCCAGUUCUGAGCAACUCAGACUGUAUGUUAACACUGCAAUAUGUAACUUUUAUAUUAAAAAAAUAUUGUUUUUACAUAUUUGUUAAAAUUAUGUCAUGACGGUAUACGACGGAUAAUCUAUGAAAAACUCUAAUUCUCCUGCCUUCUCCCAGUGCUCCCAGUACUAGCUGUACCACUAAGUAGGAAACAACCAAUCAGAGCUAGGAGGAGGGUCUUAGCGCUGUUAAUCACUCUCUUGUGCUUGGUUGUUUUUGACUGGGGUCAUGCAUUUCUUCAGACAGCUCAGGUUGGGAGUUGAUCUUUUCACUUGUCUCCUAUUAAACUGAAAUUGCAUGGCAACAGUUUUAACAAAUAUGGAAAAACAUUUUUGUAAAAGUUACAUACUGCUGCUAUAAGGUAUUUUCUAGCUAUGUAGGAGCAUUGAUGCAGACGAAAUGUGAUUGUUUUGCUGUUUGGAUGAUGAGAAUAAAAAGAUUAUGAAGAAAACUGUUUCAAAAUCAUGCAGAAAUUGCCUUCUUAAUCCAAGUGUGGACAUUUUUCGUUACAGUGCCUCAUGUUUUCUUUUGCUCUUUGUAUUUAGUUUGCAGUAUUGAUAAAAUGUACUGAGAAAA